AUGGGCUAUCACGGUGAUGCUGGUCCAGAAGAUGAACAGGUGCCUUUAUGGCGACGAUGUGCCGGGCUUGUCAUUCUCACUCUUCUCCACGCGAUGACUUAUGCAGAUCGUUUUGGAAUCGCUGGUGUUCUGCCAAAGUUGAUGAAAUUCUAUGACAUCAACAACUCUCAAUCUGGCUUAUUGAGUACAUUGUUCAUGGCAGCCACCAUCGUUGGAUCCCCAAUAGCCGGGUAUUUCGGUGAUCGGUAUAAUCGAAAAAUGAUCAUGUUUGUCGGCGGGAUCUUUUGGGUUCUGAUCAUGGUUGCCACUUCGUUCGUCCCGGAAGAUAUGUUCUGGCUAUUUAUGGUCCUUCGUUGUAUUGAUGGUUUCUCCGAUAAUAUUGUUUACGCGUGUGCCCCGUCAUUGAUCGCCGAUUACUUUUUUGGAAAAUAUCGUAACUAUGCUUUUAUGGUUUUCUAUUAUGGAUUGAAUUUCGGGGGCCAGUUUGGCGCCAUCUUUGCAACAGUGAUCGCUGAUGAAUAUCCAUGGCAGUGGUCACUUCGAUUGGUUCCAGCGAUCACAGCUGUUCUGCUCGUUUUCCUCUUUUUCGUCAUCCAAGAGCCGCCACGCAUCAAAAAGGAAGGCCGAAUUAAAGACACGGGUCUUCUCGGCGAUGUCAAAUAUCUUUUAUCUAAAAAAACCUACAUAUUCGUUUGUUUAACGAGAGGCAUGAUUGCGCAUACAAGCGGUGUAUCGGCUUGGUGGAAUCCGGAUAUUGUUUCAAACACGAUGGAAUGGUACAAAAAUAUCUCCAUGGAGAAAUACAACAACACAUUUCAUAAUGUGAACUACAAAAACUAUGUGAUCAUUUCAAUGUGUGCCGCGUCAGUAGUAGGAAUUGCAGGAAAUACGAUUUUAGUUAAUAUUGCUGAGGCUUGGAAAAAAGGACGAGGAGUCUUCAAGAAUCGACAAAAUUUCCGAGCUCCAGCUAUUAUGAUUAUCAUUUGUCUUUGCUUUAUGGCUCCAAAUAUUUAUGGCCAACAAAUGCUCCUUUUAGUCGAUUUAUUCUUGUUUUUGGCCUCUCAAUUGUUCAGCAUGUUCUGGGGUGGAAGCUUCUUUGUGUUGGCCACUGAUAUCAUUUAUUCAGUGACGACAAGAGAUCGACGCGCAACAACAAUUAUGUACUGUUAUCUCUUUGAGCACACGAUUGGUGAUGGGCCUGGACCGUACAUUGCUGGAGCGAUAGCGGAUGCUUUUCGUGGUGACAAGGAAGAUCAUAAGUCGGAGGUUUGGAGUCUUUUAAAUGCUUUUCAUUUCUCGAUGGCUUGCGUUGUUCCAGCAAUUAUCUUCUCGAUUUGUGUGUUUAUAUUUAUGAAAGACGACUAUCAAAAGAAUUUGGAGGAUGAGGAAGCGAUUGAGGGUUUGAAAUUGAUAUUA